UUCAUUCAUCUUCAAAAAAAAAUUCAACUUCAUCUUCUCCCUGUCCCUUUGUAAUGAUGAUUCUUCUUUUGCCAUCAUUACCUUCAAAAGAAGCCUCUCUCUCUCUCUUCUCUCUCCAAAAAAAUGCAAAAAACUUUCAUCUAUAUAACGCCUCUCUAUAUCCAUCUCUCCAGCUACCCAAACACUUCUCACUUCUUCUUGUCUCUCUCUCUUGAAUCUCCAAAGAUGUGUUUGAGUUCUUCACGACCAUUCUCAGACACACCCACGAGAUUAGUUUUGUACCUCAAAACACAAACCCACGUUCGUAUCCCUCGCCUAUCCAGGAGGAGAAGGAUGUGGAGGAAGGAAAAGGAGAUGGAGAUGAAAAAUAUAAGGCUUUACAUGGAGAACCAAUACAUCAUACAAGAGAAUGAGAAACUCAAGAAGAAAGCUCUUCUUCUUCACCAAGAAAACAAAGCUCUCUUCUCUCAGCUUCAGACCAAAAAAGUUUCACAUGUUCCAUAAACAACAACCUUACCAUCAACAAGCACUAAGAUCAUAUUCUUCUGCUUCUUUCUUUAGUGGGUCAAUAAUAAUAAAUCUAAGGGCCCUAAACACACACCAAAGUCUUAUUAUCUAAGUGGGUCUUAUAAGUUACAAUCAAGGGUUUAGUCUCAUUGGGGUAUACAUCUAAUUUAUUGGUUUCUUUUUUAUAGUUUCAUCUCCUUGUCAUCUCUUUUUGAAUAUAUGUUUAUAUUCAUCUUUUUAAUA